GACCUCCAUUUUUCCCGGAAAGUUCCCCGGUUUACCGCGUUUGGCAAAUGUUUGGCGGGCAGCACUUUAGACCCCGACGUUCUUUUCCUUCCCUCGUGCGGCGAGGACGAGCAGGGUAUUUAUAUCGAGAUGAUCGCCUCGCGGAUGCUUCCUUCGUUGAAGGUGCGCUGUCAAAAAAUUCCUUAUUGAUAGGUGUAACCUUGAAGUCGACAUUGAUGCUAACACAAAGAGCACUCCAAAUUUAUGGAGAUCUUGGCACUGCCAGACUGCUACCAAUGAUUUCUACGAUGCAUCUACUGAAACCUAAGAGUAUCUGUACAACAUCUUUGGAUCGUGCAUCCACGAUUGAAGUUAUACAACCAAUAAGACCCAUAGAAAGAAUGCUGAAGAAGAUUGGUAUUUUAGACGUCCAGAAAUAUAGAUAUAUGGCACUUGGCAGUCUAGUAUAUGAACAUGUAAUGGCUCAAGUAGAUUAUCCUUUUUUCUACAAACAUUUCAACAUGGCAGAUACAUUUUUCUCAUGGUUUCUGGUAACAGAACUUCAUCUAUGGAUGAUAAUGGUUCGUUAUAUGGCUGAAGGUAACGCUGGCAGAUUAGUUCGAAAUAGUGCAGUGAAUUCACUGUGGGAAGACACAAAAGCCAGGGCGAUGAAUCUUGGUAAAAUCCGUGAAAAACUUAGAAAUAAGCAAAUACAAGAAUUAUCACAGCAAUUUAAUGCUGCUAUAAUAGGUUACGAUGAAGGUAUACAAUCCAAUGAUAAAGUCUUAGCAGCAGCAUUAUGGAGAAGAUUCUUUCAUUUGGAAUGCAAUAAUCCAGAACAUGUUGAAACUCUUAUUAUUUAUGUUAGGAAACAGAUCAGUUUAUUUGAUAAUUUACCAUCCCAUGAAAUUUUAAGGAAACCCGUUUUAAAGUUAAUAGACAUAAAAGAUAUAUGUAAGCCUCAAAACUAAUUAUUUUUUACAUAAUAUGUUAAUAGAUAUAUUUA